UAUUACACAUUGAUUUUGAAAUUGGUGUUAUUCAAGCAACAAAAGAAGUUUUUCCGGAUGUCAAAAUUAAAAUAUGCCGUUUUCACUUAGGACAAGCUUAGUGGCGCAAAAUAAUCUGAAUCAAUAUGAAUAUUUUUAUAAAUAAUUAAUCAAAAUCAAUUUUCAGAUUAAUGGCAAUACAAAACUAAGAAUGGCAUACAACGAUCAAAAGAACAAUUUACAAUUAUGGCUUAAAUCAUUUUUUGGACUUUCUUUCAUAGCUCCAUAUGACGUGGAGGAUGCUUUUGUAGAGCUUAUAAGUACGUGUCCAAAUAUUGCAGAUGGACAACUAUUUUCUGACUAUGUUUUGGAGACGUAUGUUGAACCUGGUUGUUUAUUUCCACCUAUUUUAUGGGCUGAAACGCCAUCACUAAAUCCUAGAACUACAAACAAGGCUGAAAGUUUCCAUAGAACAUAUAACGCCCAGUUUACUAGUGCUCAUCCUCUGACAUUUGUUGUUAUAAGUACGCUUAUGGAAACUCAGGCAGAAACCGUCACUAAUCUAUCAACCAUUUCCAAAGGAAAAAUCAAGCCAAAAUCAAAGGAAGAACUAAAGAAAAUCGAAUUUGUGAAUAAACAACACGAAGAAUAUCUAAAAAAUAAAACACCAGAAAACUUACUUAAGCUAUAAGCCAUAAUUGGAAAUAUGUAUCAGGGCUUUAAAAUUUAAAAUGUAU